CCGCCCGAGCGUGUGAGGCUGCAUGUGAGUGCGACACAACCAGAGGGUUCUGAUUCCUUCCUCGCCCUUUUGUUUGGUUGUGUGCUCCCGGGACUGUGGGACCCAUCGCCCAGCACCAAAGGGUUGGUGGCGUUGAUUGCUUCGACCACCCACUCCACUCCACUCGACUCUACUCGACUACACUCGAGCGCGUUGACGUCAUGGAAAAGGGUAUUUUCGUCAUCCGACCAUAUCGUUUCACCCAUCACGUCGAUCCUCCCCGACGCGUGUCGCUCGCUGUGCUUCAUCGCUGUCGCGGUCGACAUCAUGGGAGGUGGAUUCCCGCCACGACCCGACGUCUCCUGCGAGCCAUCCAUCCAUCAGCUAAAUCGCCCACCUUUUCUUCUUCUCAGGCCAUGGUUUUGUGCAGCCAAAUCAUCGCCCAAUAAUUCAGCUAUUUUACAUUCCUGUGGGAAAUCACUAAACAAUCGACAAACGACAAAAGCACGAAAAAGGAUCGAAGCAGACGCAGCGUGGGUGGCUUGGAGAGGAGGUCUUCUAAAGCAUCGCAGAGCGGACGCCAUUUUCCUCCACGUCUCCCAGCUGACACAGGCCGGGAUGGUGCACCAGCCCCGUCCGACCGUCCCAAAGCUGCCGGACCCGAUCCGUCUCUGUGAUCGGAUGUGGCUCAUCGGCGGCGCAGCCGAGCGCAACCCGCAGUCUCCCAGGGGGUGGAGGAAUCGCGACCCCGACGGCGUCGGGCUUGGCAUCGCGGUGGCGCUCGAGAAGGCCGGCGGGGACAGCCCCAGGUGGCUCCGCAUGACGGCCCCCAUUGCGAUCCGUUCUCCGAGAGCGAGCGGUCCUCAAGUGGCCGGGCCGGGGUGCAGCGGCGAAUUGCACCGGAAGCGACCAGCUUCUUGCCGCUUGCCGCCACCGGCCGCAGAACAUUUUGGGGUCGCCGACUUCCUCAGCAGUUGCUUCCUGUGCAGGAAGAAUCUACAUGGGAAAGAUAUCUUCAUGUACAGAGAGAAGGCAUUCUGCAGCUCGGAGUGCCGAUACCGGCAGAUCACGAGCGACGAGUACCAGGAGAAACGCGGCGCUGGAGCCCCGAAGCCGUCGGAGGAGAUCGCCACCUCCCCCUACUCCGGCGAUCAAUUCUUCUUUACGUGCAUCGUGGUGUCAUAAACACGAGAAUGUCGACAUGUAGAGAAAGCUUUCUGAUGAGUUUAAUGCGUAGAUACUGAGUAUAGAAACUACUGUUCACGAA